CUGUCUUAGUUUUUAUCAGGCGCUUUGGGGGGAGAAGGGGGACAAUCCACAGACCGCGACAGCCUGCGCCCCGCCGGAGCUGGAAUGUGAAAAGCAGCCCCAGCAGGGCCAUGUAUUGGAAGAGCGACCCGAUGUUUGUGUGUAAACUAGAAGAGAAGGACGUGCCGGGGCUGGCCGUCCCCCACGAGAAGAGCCGGAGGCUCAUGUCGGAGGAGUGCGGGCGCACCGCAGCCCUGGCGGCCGGGAGGACUCGGAAGGGCGCCGGGGACGAAGGACUGGUGAGCCCCGAGGGAGCGGGGGACGAGGACUCGAGCUCCUCCUCGGCCCCGCUGUCCCCGUCGUCCUCGCCGCGGUCCAUGGCCUCGGGCUCCGGCUGUCCGCCCGGCAAGUGCGUGUGCAGCAGCUGCGGCCUGGAGAUCGUGGACAAGUACCUGCUCAAGGUGAACGACCUGUGCUGGCAUGUCCGCUGCCUCUCCUGCAGUGUCUGCAGAACCUCCCUAGGAAGGCACACCAGCUGUUACAUUAAAGACAAGGACAUUUUCUGCAAGCUCGAUUAUUUCAGAAGAUACGGGACUCGCUGCUCUCGCUGCGGCAGACACAUCCACUCUACUGACUGGGUCCGGAGGGCCAAAGGAAAUGUCUAUCACUUGGCUUGCUUCGCCUGCUUUUCUUGCAAAAGGCAACUUUCCACGGGAGAGGAGUUUGCACUGGUGGAAGAGAAAGUCCUCUGCAGAGUGCAUUAUGACUGCAUGCUUGAUAAUUUAAAAAGAGAAGUGGAAAAUGGUAAUGGAAUUAGUGUGGAAGGUGCCCUCCUCACAGAACAAGAUGUUAAUCAUCCAAAACCAGCAAAAAGAGCUCGGACCAGCUUUACUGCAGAUCAGCUCCAGGUUAUGCAAGCACAAUUUGCUCAGGACAACAACCCAGAUGCGCAGACGCUCCAGAAACUGGCGGAACGGACAGGCUUGAGCAGACGUGUGAUCCAGGUGUGGUUUCAGAACUGUAGAGCCCGCCACAAGAAGCAUGUCAGUCCCAACCACUCCUCCUCUGCCCCCGUCACUGCUGUCCCGCCCUCCAGGCUGUCCCCACCCAUGCUGGAAGAAAUGGCCUACUCAGCGUACGUGCCGCAGGACGGGAUGCUCACCGCGCUGCACAGCUACAUGGAUGCUCAUUCACCAACAACUCUUGGACUCCAGCCCUUGUUACCCCAUUCUGUGACACAACUGCCGAUAAGUCAUACCUAAUUCCUUUUUUCAGGGAGAGAAAUGAUUAAGGUUAUAAACUUGUCGUUCAUUAUGUAUAAAAUAUCAUUGAAAAGAUAGUAAUGUUAAUUUUUUAUUUAACACCCAAAGGAUUUCCAACAUCACUUUGCUGCCCAGAUAUGUAUCUAUAGGUGGCCUGCAAGACACUUUUAUUGACUCUUCAGUUUUUGUUUUUUGUUUUAUUUUGGUAAAACUUAUGUUUACAAGAAGAAAACAAAUCAAAACAUUUUUUUUUUUGUAUUGUCUGGAAAUAGUUCACUCUAGUGUGUAUCUGUUAAUUUAUUUGUCAUCAAAAGAGCACUUUGCCUAAAAGAAAGGACUGACAAGUGUGCAAAAUGUUUACAAUCUUUUGUGAAAUUGUAGUUUAUCAUUAGUUUGUAUCUGUAAGUUAUUGUUAUAAAUAUUACCUGUAUUUUUUGUUAUAUGCAACUUUAUACUUUGAUGCUUGUAUCUGUGAACUUACAACUGAAAUUGAUUUUGCCCAUGUUUUCUGAAUGAACUGAAUAAAGCUUUUGUUGCGGCAUGCCAUGCAAACACGGUGUCGUGUUUGUGGUUGAUGAAUCACAGCUGUAAACAACACUAUCAUUUAAUAAGCCCACGCUUCUAAGUUUAUUAAACAUUUUCCAUUCUUGUGAAAGUU